AUAAGGCUAUAUCCAGAAUAAUAUGUUAUGGCAAUUGUUCCUAGUUACUAAAACUGAAUAAAAUAAAAGUUACUGUUAUAUAUCAUAAUUACAUUAAAUAUUAUAGUGUUUUUUGAUGUUGUAAUAAGUAACAACAACUAGAAUAUAUACAACUAUAACCCUAUUUCAAAUAUACCCUGGAUAAUAAAGCCCCUAACGUGGCUUCUAUACGUGGCAUGAAGUAUGAUUCCCUUCCGACGCCGCCAUUUUGACAGACAAUACUUUUAGAGAAGUGGUAGCUUUAUAUUUUCUGAAUUUUCGUCAAUUUAAUCUAUUAUUAAAGUGUAAGUAGAGUGAAAAUCGUUAAUCUUGUGUUUUAGAAGAAAAUUUGUGGAUAUUUAGCAAGGUCAUUACAUAGUAAAAUACUAUUAUGGGAAAUAUAUUUGCUACAUUAUUCAAAGGACUGUUUGGUAAGAAGGAGAUGAGAAUUUUAAUGGUAGGACUGGAUGCAGCUGGUAAAACUACAAUUUUGUACAAAUUAAAAUUAGGUGAAAUAGUUACAACAAUUCCUACAAUAGGUUUCAAUGUAGAGACAGUAGAGUAUAAAAAUAUAAGUUUUACUGUUUGGGAUGUUGGUGGCCAAGACAAAAUCAGACCUUUGUGGCGGCAUUACUUUCAAAAUACACAAGGUUUGAUAUUUGUUGUGGAUAGCAAUGAUAGAGAACGUAUUGGAGAAGCACGAGAAGAACUCAUGAGAAUGCUAGCUGAGGAUGAACUUAGAGAUGCAGUAUUGCUUAUUUUUGCUAACAAACAGGAUUUACCAAAUGCAAUGAAUGCUGCAGAAAUUACUGAUAAACUAGGCCUGCACUCGUUGCGUAACCGCAAUUGGUAUAUUCAAGCAACUUGUGCAACUAGUGGUGAUGGACUCUAUGAAGGUCUUGAUUGGCUUUCUAAUCAGUUGAAAAAUGCAAACCGCUAAUUAGAACAUCAAUCUGAUACUAAUCAGUUGAUAUAUUAACAGUGUACAAGAUUUGAAAAAAAGCACUCUGACAUCCCUUAUGAAAAAAUUUUGAUAUUCAAGAACAAGCUCACAUGCAAAUUGUUGCAAUAUUUUAAUAUGAAAGGAAUGGUUAAUAAAGGUCAAAGAUAAAUUUAAAUUU